AUGCAGAACGGAGCCGCCGCCGCCACCUCCACCACUGCCACCGCCGCUGCCCCCAUGAGCCCGCUGGCACCCCCUCCACCACCGGAGCUGGACCCCUCUGCCCACAGCCCUCCCCACCGCCACCACCUCAGCGCCCUCCCGCCACGGAAGGAACCCCCCGAGGACCCGUCCCACGUCAGCUCCUCCAUGCCCGGCUCCUCCGCCCCUGGACCCCCGCCCUGCGUGCGGCCGCGGCUGGUCUUCCACGCGCAGCUGGCCCACGGCAGCCCCACCGGCCGCAUCCACGGCUUCCUGGCAAUCAAAGGAGCUCUACGCCAAGAUCGCCGAGCCUUCAGCAUCUCGCCCUCGGAGAUCCUCUUCUGCACGCUGAACUCCCAUAAGGUGGACAUGCAGAAGCUGCUGGGGGGUCAGAUCGGGCUGGAGGACUUCAUCUUCGCCCACGUGCGGGGAGAGACCAAAGAGGUGGAGGUCACUAAGACCGAGGAUGCACUGGGGCUCACCAUUACCGACAACGGGGCCGGAUACGCCUUCAUCAAGAGGAUAAAGGAAAGCAGCACGAUUGACCGGUUGCAUACGGUGUGUGUGGGGGACCACAUUGAGGCCAUUAAUGACCAGAGCAUCGUGGGCUGCAGGCACUAUGAGGUGGCCAAGAUGCUCAAAGAGCAGCCCAGAGGGGUCCCCUUCACACUGCGCCUGGUGGGCCCAAAGAAAGCCUUCGACAUGAUUGGCCAGAGGACCCGGGCACCCAAAUCCAGCGAGGGGAAGAUGGUGAGCGGACGAGAGACGCUACGUCUGCGCUCGAAAGGCGGAGCCACCGUACAGGAAGUGCCUAAUGAGUUUGAAGAGAGGGCCACUAGGAAGGUGGAUGAUCUUCUGGAGAGCUACAUGGGCAUCCGUGACCUGGAGCUGGCCACGACCAUUGUAGAGGCGGGAAAAGACAAGAGGAAUCCGGACGACUUCGCUGAAGCACUGGACUCCGUCCUUGGCGAUUUCGCCUUCCCAGAUGUGUUCCUGUUCGACGUGUGGGGCGCUCUUGGAGAUGUAAAGAAUGGAAGAUUCUAGAAGCCAGGAAAACCAGGAAAUAAUUACACUAUUUCAUCAAAACACUCCAGAAAGCAGAGGACUCUGGGAUUGAAUCUGUACCUGAUCUGAGCUGUAUAGGACCAUCAGCCGUAUAGGAGGCAUAUAUAAGCAUUAUAUGAGCUGUAUUGGAGCAUAUAUGAGUUAUAUAUUAGAUAUAUAACCCGCAUAUGAGCUGUAUGAGUCAAAUA